AUGGCCGACGACGAUCGUCACCAUCAACGAUAUCAGUCGUCACCACCAGUUGGGUCGUGGGAGCACGUCUACCCACAUUCUCACCAUGGCACACCGGCACAGGAAUACUCUGGUUUCAACUUCAGCAGUCCACCCAUGCCCAUGGAGUCAGGUAUUUUUACAGCUAGCAUUCAGCCAAGACCGAUGCCGCCUCAACUACAACCGCUGAUUAUGCCGCAAUGGCCGUCGAUGCUGAACAGCCAGGCGCCGGCAGCAUACCAGCCUAUGUACCCGCAACCUGUACAACCUAUACAGCCAGUCACGCUCGGAGCACUGCAGACGCCCAUUUCAGCGGUAUCGACACGAUCGGUACCAACCCCAAGGAAGACUUUGACAGAUCUCGACCGUAAGCGGAUGUGUCAGUAUGCCGAGGAGCACCCCAGCAGCAAGCAGACGGAGAUUGGAGCAAUAUUUGGAGUCGAGAGAAGCACUGUAUCGAAAGUACUGCGACAGAAGGAGAAAUAUCUCUUCCAAGACGAUGGCAGCAAAUCUCCCGUCAAACGAGUCAAAGGUCGUUCGCCGGACAUCGAGCGCGCACUCGCAGUCUGGGCGAAGAAUCAAGAGAAGAAAGGGUUUCCUUUGACGGACGACAUGAUUCGUGAGAAGGCGCGAGCCUUUGCUUCGACUUCGUCCUCAGCAGAGACACAACAGAUCAUGAGUGCUAGCUGGCUGGAGAAAUUCAAGCUGAAGAACAACCUGAUGGGGGCACGAUCACGCAAAAGCUCCCUAGCUCCUGACGAUGCAGAGGGCAUCUCUAACGCUGCUUCUUCUGCACAUACACCUAGUGGCACGUCGCCAAUUUCACCUCAAGGAAUCGCAUCUCCGGCGUCAAUCGAGCUGCACAGCGCAGAAAGCCGUGAGAGCCUCAAGAACGAGAGUCCAGACGACUAUGCCGAGUUAUCUGGCCGCAGUGGCCCCUUCCACUCCCAGAGCGGCACCUCUCUUAGCAGUGUCUUUGCUGAACAAGCGCCCUCUGCUUUCUCACCUGGACCGCUUUCGCCCACCUCACCUUUCUUCACUCCAGACUCAGGCACCGCACCGAGUCCCUUUAUACCAGCAGCACCGUUAACUGCACGCCCGCUUCUUCCUGCGACACCCACAGCCAACAGCCAGCGACCGCGAAGUCAGACAUUUCCCUUGCUAGACCAGUUCACCAUGGGUGGGACAUCCUCUGAAGUAGCGACACCACGGUACAUCAACACCAAUGUUCUUGACUCGCCUAUGGAAGAAGCCCCGGAUCCUAUGAGCAGUAUCGAUGAGGCCAUGAGAUUCGCACGACAAGAGGAUCGACCAUACACCAUCUCACCUUCCGACACCAUGCGACCACCUCCACUACCUGCGCAUAUCUUGCUAGCCGAAAAACGACGUGAAGUCACGCCGUCAACUUCGAGCUCAUCUCUGAGAGCAGGCACAAGUGCAGAGGAAGCUCUCCGAGCACUUGAAGUAGUCCAUAGCUUCAUCGAGCAGCAGCCCAACGGCUUCCUUGAAUUCCAGGAGGGCGUCACGAUCGGCAAGCUCAUGGAGAAGCUCAAAUUACAGUCACGAUCCAACAGUACAGCAUUGUAA